AUGGUUGAGAAUGAGCAGAGAUCUACUACCUUGUCCUCUGUUGAUGCUAGUGUUCAAGAACCGGAAAGGAAAAAGAUAAAAGCUAACAAUGUUGAAGAACUUGUGGAGGAGACUAAAUAUUGGUAUCAUAUUAUUGCUAGUUUGGAUAAUGGUCCAGUUAAUUAUAAGAGUUUUGAUCAAUUAGAGAAGGGGCUCACAGAUAGGGAAAAAGUGAUUGAAAAUAUCAAUCAAUUAUGGCAUGUUCACAAAGCUAGAUUGAUUUUGGAAAGUUUGGAUUUGUCCAAUCCAUAUUGGAAUGAAGAUUGGUUCGAAUUAACAAACAAUGUUGGUGAAUUACCAGAUACUGAAUAUGAAGAUGUCAAACUAAAAGAUAAGGUUACAGCAGAGGAAUUGGGACUAACAAGUGAAAUAUCCAAAGAUCUACUCAAGGAAUAUAUUAGUAAGAGAGAGGAUAUUGAAUCACACAGCUUAUUCUUGGUAGAAAAGCUGUUCAAGAAAUGUUUGGUUCAAUCUGUUGAAGAAAUCACAGAAAUGAUAGACAAAUGUAUUGAAAUAGAUGAAAAGAAUGUUGAGGUUUACUUUAGACAAUUAAUGGAUUCAGAUCUGCCUUAUGAUAUGAGCUCCAGAAAGACAAUUCUUGAUCAAUGGAGCAAGUACAUUUUACCACAAAUUGUGAAAACUCAAAAUGAGUUGAAUAUGAUAGAUGAUCCAGUUAGUUUGUCAACAAACGAAGAAUCCAAAACAGUUAGCAAGUUUGUACUUGAAAAUGAUAGUGAAGAUACUGACGCCUUCUUACUGGAGACAAUGCUCUUUGGAGAUGAGGAACACAUUAAAAUAGUCAAGCAAGAUGAAAAAGAUGAUGAAGAGGAUUUCAACGAUGAUUACGUCCCUGAUAUCUUUUACUGCUCAUAUUUAUUUGACAUGGAGCUUCCUGACGAGAAGGGAAAAAUAGGAUCAAACUUUUUAGGAUUAUUGCAUUGUGAGCACAACAAUUCUAACGAAAACAUCUACCUUAAAAUUAUAGAAAUUGUGAUGAAAAUGCAUAUGAUUGGUGUUGCUCCUCAAGAACACCAGGAAAUUGAGGUAUCAGAAUUGAGAUUGGCAGUCUCUUUAAUGAUUUUGGAUUGUCUUAACAAGGAGUUGACUUAUUUGAUUCUAUCUCAGAGUAAAGAAUCCACAUACAUGCUUUAUAGACCAUUAGUGAGAGCAAUCCUUGACCAAUUUAUUGUUGACUAUUGUAACCCAACCAAGUAUGACAAGUAUAUGUUUGUGAUAUGCACAAAUCCUGACAUCCAACCAAUGAUAAAUGUCAUGUUUGAAGAAGAGUCUGUAGUAGACACUGAUAAUUUAACAUGGGAUGUUGUGCAAACUCAAAGAGGUUCAUGUUUAGAUGAGGAAGAAGAAAAUAAUGACGUACAACAAUCAGUAAAAGAAAAACAUCCUAUUUGGGAGAGUACUGUCGACAAAUUGAAGGAAAAAUACUUUACACACCAAACAGAGGCACAUUCUAAAAUAAGUAGACAGAAUUUGGAUGAUUCAAUGUAUAUUACCUAUUAUACAGAUAGAGACAAUGCUAUUAGUGAACCAUUAUCAAAUCAAAAUUUGGUUUCCUUUUACAGAUAUGAUUUUUUCGAUUACAGUGAAGAACCAUUUACCUAUGAACAAACAGCUGAUAAUCUGAUUGAAAAUAGAUCAAUAGAUUGUUAUUACAAGAAUGAUAAAUCUCUACAUCUGGAUUUAACAAGAUUAUUGAGAAGAGGUGGUGUUGCAUCAUUUGAUGAAGGACUACUUCUUGAGGCAUAUAGUACUUUGAAGAAUUAUAUUUCACUCAGCUUGCAAACUCUUGAAGAUAUUUCUGAAGAUGGCAUUGUUGAAGUAGAUCAUGUGGAAAAAGUUGCCAAACUACUGGCUAUAAAAGGCGGUACUAAUGGAAGAGAGUACAUUCGUCUAGAACUUCCAUACUAUUACAAACUAGACUAUCAACAAGAUACUCCAGUUGCAAAAGAGCUGGAUGAUGUCAGAGAUUUAGAAGAAGAUUUAUUGAGAGGUACCGAAAUUGUUGAACUUGAACCAGUUAGUGCUAGUACCAAUCAAGAAAUACCAGAGGGUUUAGGAAAGGAUCUCUACAAUGCUUUAAAUAAUGAACAAUUUAGUUCAUUGUGUGAUAGUUUUAUUCAAACUGAGGAUGGUGCCAAGGUUGGAGUUUUUACUCCAAUCAUUAAAGAUAGAUUACCAGAGUUUUAUAGUCAAUACUUUGAUAGCGAAGAAAAGAGAAAGAACGGCCUUUGCAUAACAUCAGUACAUUUUGAAGUUCAGGAGGGAGAACAAUUAAUCUUUGAUGAAGUGGUUAUCACCAAAUGGUUGACUUGCAUUUAUACUGGUAUAUUUGAAAUCGAGUCUUCAGAAGAAGAGAAAAAUAUAUUAACAAUUGAGAAGUUAUUGGCCAAAUGGGUUCCAAGAGAAGAAGUCUCUUUGAAAGAACCAAAACAUGAAACGCAACCACCACAAGCAACUGCUAUAAUGAUAGACGAAAAUGAGGAGGAGGAUUCAGAAGAAGAAUCAAGUGAGGAAGAUUCAGAAGAAGAAAGCCAAGCUUAUCAAGAAGAAUCUGAUUCAGACUCGGAAGAAGGCAUAUAUAAUUAUAGUGAUGAAGAAGAAGAAUCCAUAUAUUACAAAAAAAUUAAAGAAGAAGAGGAAAAAACAUUUAAAUGUGAACCACUUUCUAGACUAUUUCUUGAUGAAGAAGGAAAGGAUUUCUCUCUGGUUGUGAAUAGCCAUAUAGUUAAAGUUCACAAGUACAUUCUUAGCAUUAGAAGCUCUUAUUUCAAAGUACUAUUUUUAGGAAAUUUCUCUGACAAGAACAUUUCAGAAUAUGAUGUUUCAGAUUUCUUAAAGAAUCCACAUUCGUUGGACUUGUUCGUCUACUUUUUGUACCACGACACGUUGGAGAAUGAAAACUUUACACUAGAACAUUAUAAGUAUCAAAAUUUGAUUGAUUUGGAAGAAUUUUCGCAAUUUGUAUUGUCUGAAAGAUUGAAAUCAGAAUGCGUCUCGAAACUUAUUAGCCAUUCAACUUUGGAACAAACAGUUGAAAUGUUAAGAACAAGUUUAGAAGCAAACAAGGAAGAAGUUUUCAACAUUGCACAUACCAUCCUCCUCAAAACUCAAUAUCCAUACUUUAAUGGCACUAUAAUUGAUGAUGUCACCACUCAAUACUAUCAAGUUAUGUGCACUUCUUUAACAUUGGAAAACUCUCUUGUAAAAUUGGACUAUCUCAACAAGAUUGAACAAACAACCACAGCCUUACAUCCAUUCAUACUCAAUCAAAUCAAAUCCCAAAUAGAAAACCUUCACUGGUUCAUUGCCAACCGAGCUUCAUCUCUCGAUAACAAAUUUAUCCGAACUUUACCUCAACCUGUUCAAGAGUUAAUCUCUCGCUUCUUCACGCAUGAUAAUUUGGGCAUGGCAAGUUUUGAGGAGGUAACUAUUGAAGAAUAA